GAUUCCUCGAGAUAUUUAUAAUCCCUUCAUGCUGCAAAGUGGAUAAAAUUACUGUGAAAUAGAUAAUUAGUAUAUCGAAAAGCAUUUAAUUUUGUUUGCUUUGAUACAAGAUAAAUCUGCUGGUGAACAUUGGAGCGUUGAACCUAGAAUAUUAUGCAUUUUUUUUGUAGAAUGUAGCAAAAGCAGAAGAUAUGGUAUAAUGUAUGAAAUCUGUAAUGGAUUUGACUCUGUUGUGUUGAUAAAAUGUGUGAAAGAGGAGCUGAUGAUUAGAAAUUUGAGCUGAUGUCCUGAUGAUGUAGUAAUUUGUAUGUGGCAUAACUUCAUCACUUUCUCUGGAGAAUUUUGCAUUUGUGAGAAUAUAGAAUCAUGCAGAUGCGGCAAAAGCUUCUUUUUAGAUCCAGUCCAGCUAUAUGUCCUCAUAUUGUGUGGGGCUUUGUACCUGUUUGUCUAAAGCAUCACAUUAAUCCAGUCAAACACAAGUUGCUACAUACCUCAUGCCAGCUUAUAUUGCAAAGUAGAGGUAAAAGAUUUGGCUUUUUAGUUAGUUGUCUUAAUGGAACCAUUGAAAACUCAAAUAAUGAGCAACAGACUUGUUAUAGAAAUGGUGAGGAAAUUUCAUAUGAUUUAUACAAUGAGUCCAUAUGUGAGUUGUGUACUGAAGGCGACAUUGACAAGGCAAUGAGGCUGCUUUCUGAGAUGGAGGCUUUGGGUUUUCAUCCAAGUUUUGUAUCUUAUAGCAGCCUGAUCGCUGCCCUUGGAAGUGUUGGCAGGACUGCGGAAGCUGAUGCAAUCUUUCAAGAAAUGUUAUGUUCUAGUCGUAAACCAAGGAUAAAGGUGUUCAAUAUCUUACUUAGGAGCUUCUUGAGAAAAGGCCUCUUAAGGCUAGCAGAUAAGGUCUUGAUGUUACUUGAUGAUUUGGCUGUUGACAGGAACCAAGAAACUUAUGAGAUCCUGCUUGAGUAUUAUGUCAGUGCUGGGCGGCUUGAAGAUACUUGGUUAAUUGUUGCCAAAAUGAGGAGAGAAAGUUAUCCUUUAAAUUCUUUCGUUUAUAGUAAAAUAAUUGAACUGUAUAGGGACAAUGGCAUGUGGAAAAAAGCACUAGGCAUUGUGGAAGAGAUCCGCGAAAUGGGGCUACGACUAGAUAAGCGCCUAUUUAAUAGCAUCAUCGAUACUUUUGGCAAGUAUGGUGAGUUGGGAGAGGCCUUAGGAAUGUUUGACAAAAUGCGCCAAGAGGGCAUAAAACCUGAUUUUAGAACAUGGAAUUCUCUGAUCCGAUGGCAUUGCAAGUAUGGGCAUCUAGAUUCUGCUAUAGAAUUGUUCAAUGAGAUGCAAGAGCAAGGACUAUACCCUGAUCCUAAGAUCUUCAUUAUCAUUAAUACCCAUUUAGUGGAACAGGGCAGGUGGGAUGACAUUGAUACUAUUCUUGAGAAUAUGCAAGGGAGAGGACAUCACAGGAGUGGGGCUAUUUACGCUGUUUUGGUUGAUAUUUAUGGCCAGCAGGGGAGAUUUGAGGAUGCAGAAUAUUGUUUAAAUGCCCUAAAAUUGGAAGGCCUUCAGCUUUCACCUAGCAUCUUUUGUGUCCUGGCCCAUGCCUAUGCUCAGCAGGGAUUAUGUGAGCAGACUGUGAAGGUUCUGCAGAUAAUGGAAGCCGAAGGGAUGGAACCAAACCUUAUAAUGCUAAAUAUGUUGAUAAAUGCUUUUGGGAAUGCUGGUAGGCAUAUGGAGGCACAAUCAAUUUACCAGCAUAUAAAGGAGAUGGGUAUUACUCCUGAUGUGAUUACUUAUAGCACUUUAAUGAAGGCUUUUUUGAGGGCUAAGAAAUUUGAUCAGGUCCCCAAGAUAUAUAGUGAAAUGGAAUCCACUGGAUGUACGCCAGACAGAAAGGCUAGAGAAAUGUUGCAAUCAGCAUUGAUGAUCCUUGAACAGAGACACUAUUAGUUUAAGUAUAAGUCGUUAGCCUUAUUAGGUUGUAUUGCGAUUUUGUUAGUUUCUUCAAUCAGAAGAUGACGUACAGCACCAGAAACUAAAAACACUUUUGAUGCUGCUCUCUGUAAUCUUUGAGGACUUUGAUGCUCAACUUAUCUGUUUUAGCUCUUCCUGGUGCCUUGUUUAUAGGGAGCAUUAUUUAACCUGUGAGAUCAUAUAUCUUCCUGAAAUGUAGAUAUGGCAGAGUCGCUUGUCAUUUUUGAGUAAAUGGCUCAUGGCUGCCUGCCUGUGCCUGUAAAAUGAAAGAUCUGGAACUACUAGCAAACUUAGUGAUACUAAGCCCCAGAUGUACUUCUCUUCGUCUGCAUUAUUGCUAUAUCAACAGGUGAGAAAAGCAGCGUCUCUGAAGGCUAAAAGAGUGCGGUAUUGCAGCUGUAGAUUCCAUCGAUACAAUAAUGAAGUCUUGUUUCGAAACUGAUGCAGAAUCUGGAAAUGACAACACUUAAUUAAAUAGGAUGCAUUCUUUGUAAUCAUAAUUCAUGCAUAAACAUUUCACAUACCUUAUUCCUAUCUCAUAGAUAGACGAUUUAUUAACAUUCUUGUGGUAAUAAAUUGUUGUUGGAUGAUUGUUUUUUGCAAUAAAAUAGAUGCGGUGGGGAAGUUAAAAUAUGAA